AUGGAGCGAUUUGACAAAAUAAAAGAAUUAAAAGCAGCGAUUGAAAAAAAGACUGAAGAGGAGCGCGACGGACUCCGACUUCAACUUUAUAGCUUGACGAGCGAUUGGUUGGUGCAGCUUCCAAUUUUCCGCGAAGUAUUUCAGCCCGAAGAAAUUGACUGGCUUCUAUUGGAGGCCGCCAAAAAAUUAACCAAGGAAUCCGUCCAAUUUAUAAAAUCCGUGGCCAGAAGUGGCUACAAGGACGGAUUGAAACAUAAUGAGGACGGCAACCGCACCACCGCAGUGCAUUACGCGGCUGAUAAGGACGUCUUGAAAGAUCUGUUUGUAAUUUACAACAGAUGUGACGUGAAUUACGUCGACGAGUCUACGGGGGUAAGUCACUUCCAUGUGGCCUGCGAGUUUGGCUUUGGCGAUGUCGCGAAGAAAUUCCUCGACCACGGGGUGGAUUUAAAAGAUCCAUGGCCAGCAUCAGGAGAUUCGCCAUUGCACUUGGCUGUGGAAGACGGUAACAGGAGUUUGAUUGAAUUGGUGCUGAAGCGCGGCGCCAACGUCAAUUCAUCCAACAUUUAUGGAAUGACUCCUGUACACAUUAUUGCCUCUACCGAAAAUGAAGACUUGGCGACGUUUUUUUUCAAGAUCUGCGACGAUCUACAGUUGACGGUGCAAAUCGAUGCUCGGGAUGCGUGGCAUAAUACACCACUGCACGUGGCUCUUAAGCACGGCAACCAGAGAGUGGUCGAAUUGCUUUUGAGAAGAGGCGCCAAUCCGAACUUGAUUGGCGAGGAAGGAAAGUCACCACUGCACUUGAUUUGCGAGAGAGCCUCGAGUCAAGAGGAGUUGUUGGCGAUGUUUCCUCGGCUGGCGUAG